AUGGACAGGCUCAGCAUCAGGACCGUCUUCCUGGUCCUGUCCACCGUGUCCUACCUGCUGCUCGGGGCCGCGGUCUUCGACGCCCUGGAGUCGGGCAGGGAGGGCCGGAGGAGGGCGGCCCUGGAGCGGGAGCUGCGGGAGCUGCGGCUCCGCUACGGCUUCGCGGAGCAGGACUACCGGCGGCUGCGGGCGGCCGUCCUCCGCUCCGAGCCGCACCGCGGCGGGACGCAGUGGAAGUUCGCCGGAUCCUUUUAUUUCGCCAUCACGGUCAUCACCACGAUUGGUUACGGCCAUGCUGUCCCCCGCACCGACGCCGGCAAGGCCUUCUGCAUGGUCUACGCAGCCCUGGGCAUUCCUCUGACCCUGGUCAUGUUCCAGACCCUCGGCGAGAGGAUCAACACUUCGGUGCGAUACCUCCUGCACAGAGCCAAGCAGGAUCUGGGCUUAAGACAGACGGAGGUGUCAAUGGGAAACAUGGUUCUGGUGGGUUUGCUGUCCUGCGUGAGCACCCUUUGCAUCGGCGCCGCAGCCUUCUCCCGUUCUGAGAACUGGACCUUUUUUAACGGCUGCUACUACAGUUUCGUCACGCUCACUACCAUCGGCUUCGGGGAUUUGGUCGCUCUGCAGAAAAGAGACGUCCUGCAGAAACAACCCGUCUACGUGGCCUUCUGCUUGCUCUACAUUCUGGUUGGGCUGACGGUUGUUGGAGCUUUUCUGAACCUGGUGGUGUUGAGAUUUCUGACCGUGAGCUCCAGUGAGGUGAGGGCUGACGUAGAGGGCGGAGAGCAGGGAUCUCAGCCCAAGGGCAUGCUGGGAGAGAGGGAGGUGUCCACCACUACUGCACCAGAACGGGUUACGCUCCGUGGAGGCCGCCGGCUGAGAGCCUUGCUCUCCUGCGUGUGUUGUGGCCUCGAUGUUUACGGAUGCAGCUCUCGCUAUGAGCAGACGAGUGGCCACAGCAACCCUGUCUUUUACAACUCUAUCUCCUACAGGUUGGACCAAGUGCCUUGCAGCUCCUGCACUGUGAUGUCACAGGCCUGGCCGAGCGAUGCAGGUCUCUGGCAGGGCGAGAACAUACCUCGCAUCAGAAGCAAUUCUCUCUAACAUGGAAAAGUUCUUUUUGUAUACACCACAGAGCAGAUCCUAUUUUU